AAAAAAAAGGAAAAAAAAGAAAAAAAGAAAAAAAGCAAAGCAGAGAGAAUAAAAAGACCAGAUGUUGACAAAUUUCCUGUCACUGUUCUUAGAAGGUUGUUUGUUCUUGUGAGAGGAGAUUUUCUCUCCUGGGAUCUCUCCCCCCUCUUCUCCUCUCCCCAUCUCCCUCUUUCUCUCUCUAAAACCUUCUCUGGCCCAUCAGAUCAAUCCCCUCUCUCUCUCUCUCUCUCUCUCUCUCUCUCUUAGCCUCUUUGUUGGUCUCCUCCUCCUUAAUUUGCUGUGGGGAGAGAGAGGGAGAGAUAGAAACCACUCCUCUCCCAUUAGAGCCUUUUUGAUCUCCUUUUGUUAUUCUCUCCACACCCUUUUUUUGUUUUUGUUUUUUUUGCCUUUUUUGGAGCCAUUUUUCCUACUGUUUCAGUGGUAACACCCUGUCUCUGGCUACUGGGUUUUUGGUAAAAGGGGGUAAAUUUGGGACCUUCGGGGCCCUUCAUGGAGGAGGAGCCGAGGCCAUUUGGGUUUCACAUGUUCAGGGUGGUGAUGCUGAAUCCGCUUCAGAGGGGCGAUAGAGAUCGUUGAGAGGAAAAAGGGUGAGGCGGGUUGAGCUCUCUCUGUAGCCCGGAAAUCUGCAGUUUCCUUUUGAAUUCAAACACUAAAUCUAGGCUACCUUAUUGCGAUCAUGGAGCCUCACAUUGGAUGCAUUUGAGAGUGUAGUAUAAUUGGGUGAGCAACUCCUGUUUCAGAUCAAUUCUGGUUGUCGCAUCAUGCAGAAAACUCGUGCAUUUACAAUGUAAUGGGACAGCCUUUCCGGUCAUUGCUGGCUUCUUGAAUUGGAAUGGGAACUAAAGUGGAGGGAAAAAUUUAUUUGCCAGGAUAUUUUGCCAUGAGGGAUCCUAAUUUUUCUUCAAACAGUAGUUGGUCUCUGUACUUUGAAGAGAAAACUUCAAGUGGGCAUCCGGAUGAUUGGUUCAUGUCGGGAUCCGCAAAUGGAUGCUCGGAGUAUGAUAAAGAAAUGCUAAAGCGGACAAUGCUUGAGCAUGAAGCUAUAUUUAGAAAACAGGUUUAUGAACUUCACCGUCUUUAUAGAAUACAGAAGGAUUUGAUGCAAGAGUUUCAAAAGAAAGAGUUAUUCAGAUACCCAAUGUCAGCAAAUACUUCAAACUCGAAUUCCUUUUCAUCUCAAAUGCCGUGUAAUGGUGCAAAACUAAAUUGGCAGAUGCCUCUCUUCCACACUGGUUAUGAAAAUAGUCCUAUUACACAAAAAAAUGAGAUUAAAUCCUCCUUAAAUUUUCUUAAGGAAGGUAGUGUCCAGUCCUCCCCAAAUGGAAUUACCAAAAAGAUGUUUGACCUUCGACUCCCCGCUGACGCAUACAUUGACAAUGAAGAGGAAGAACGAUCCUUGAAGAAAAAUAAGAGUAUUCGAAUUGAUAACGGAAAUGAUAUUAAGCUAACUUUAGGAAGUGUGAAUGGCUUUAACUGCAGAGCGGACAGUUGGGUAUCUGAUUCACUUACUCAAAACAAUCACAAUAACCAAAAAAUGGCGGAUUUGAAUCAACCUUUUAGAGAGACAUACUGUGAAGGGGUAGCAGAUUCAGCGUCAACAGAUUUUCUUGGCAUGAAGAAAUUUAGUACAGAGAAUCACUUGCAUCAUUCAUCGACAAGAUGGAAUACUGGUGUGUUGGCCUUUCAAAGGGACCUUUUUAAAGAAAAGCGUGUGGAUGAAGGGUCUAGUUCAUAUUUCUUCGAUGUGAACACAAAAAUCAGACAAGAGAACUCAUUCAUUACCAGAGAAAAUGGUAAAGGCACAGGCACCAUGAACAAUUUUUUCACUCACAAUUGCUUUACUCCGGAACCUCAAAGGUCAUCAGAACCAGCUGAUAUGAAGCUUAAGAGAAACCAUGAAACUCUUCUGCUCAAUCAGAAUAACGCAAUGGAUUGGUUUAGACCAAAAACAACCAAUCAUCCAAACGUUUCGAGAAGUGCUUUGCCUUCUAAUUUGAAUAGCUAUCAUAUCCAUCAAGAAAGCUUUGGUGAUCAAUAUCUUGAGGGUACAAGGUUGGAAAAUGCACUUCCAGAUGGAUUUCGAGAUGGCUUAACUGCCCAGCAAGAUCGUACUUUUUGCAACUUGGAGCGUAGAUUUGAGGAAUCUGCAAUGGCGAUCUCUUGGCUCAGAAAAAAAGCAGCUUGUGACGAACCUGUCGGCUUGAAAAAGCCACAAACAGUUCCAAGCUUCUUACAAGGAGCUGCUCAAGAACCUAAUAGCAAACAUGAAAAUGAAUUAGUUGUAUCUAUUCGACCUGACGUUAAUGCAACCUCCAAGCCUAGCUGGCACAUAAUAGGGAGAGAUGAAGCUUCUGAGGACACUUCUACAAGAAUCCUUGGUAUUCCCAUUUAUGAUAAGAUUCAAAAAAGUGCUAUAUUCUUGCCCAUUUCAUGUCAGGAACAAUCUCCAAAUGUAGACAAAGACACCGAAAAGGCUUCGGGAAGAAGCGGCACCACCCUUAGGAAUCUCAUUAAUCUAAAUGAUGAGUAUUCAGAGCCUUUGGAUGUCUUGCCUGAAAUUAUGGUAGUCAAUCCACUGCCAACGUCUGCAACAAGUGCUUCUGUGAAAAGCACUUUUGAGAUUGAUUUGGAGGCACCGUUAUGUCUAACUGAAGAUGAUAUAAAUCCUCCACGAGAGUCUGUGAUCGCAGUCAAUGUUGUUAAUUCACAAGGAAAAGAACUCCAGCCUGACUCAUUCGAUAUACAGGCGGCAAACAAUAUCAUCGCUAUGUCAAUGGAAAUAAAAUGCUCUUUAGAAAGACCCUCUCCUCCUUGCUCUGAUACACUACGGUGGUUUGCCGAAAUUAUUACAUUGAGCACAGAACAUGCAGAAAAUUCCUCAAAUAAUGAAGGUUUGGAUCUUUUUGAGUCCAUGACACUGAAAUUGCAAGAGACCAAGAUCGAUGAGUACUUGUGCGAGCCAAGAGCACUUUUAGAUAAAAAUGAGGACGAUGGAAAAGCUUCAGCUUCAGCUUCUGCUUCUCUACUCUUCACAAAAUCUCGGAGGGGCCAAGCGAGAAGGAGAAGGCAAAGGAGGGAUUUCCAAAAAGAUAUACUCCCUGGCUUAGCAUCUCUCUCUAGGCACGAAGUAACGGAGGAUCUUCAAAUCAUAGGCGGGUUAAUGAAAGCUUGUGGUAGCUCAUGGGAGAUGGGCUUAAUGGGACGAAACGGUCGGAACGGCUUGCGUGCAAGGAGGCAAAGGAGGAGUUUGGCCGUUACCGUUGAGGAGAUUCGGGUCAGCCCCCCUCCUCCGCCACCCGUGCUGCAGCCCAUUAUUCCUGAUGCGGACGAAGGGAGAGGUAUUAUUGGUUGGGGGAGGACGACGAGGCGGUGCCGUAGGUCGAGGUGUCCUCCGGGCAAUUCCACUGCACCUUUGAGUUAGGAAAGAUGACUCGGAAGUGAGAAAACAUUCUUGGUGUUGCUCUAUAUGUAUAGAGGAAUUUUCGCAUGGGAAUUUUCGAUGGGGCCGCUGCAGGGUGAUUGAAAUCGGGAUUGUACAUGCUUUUGUUGAAGGUCCUAAUUUGGGCCUCUGCUUCGGUUAAAACAGCUUGUACAUUUUUAUAAUAAUCGUUAGACUAUUUCGUAAAGCGGAAAACAAGUUGUUGUGGGUGAAGGAGACGGGAAAAGCCGGUUUAGAGUACAAUUCCGGUGUAGAGUACAAUAUAGCAUCACAAUGUCUCUGCAGUCAACUGCAGAGAAGUGAUGCUUAAAGUCUUAAACAGUGUAAUUAGAGAAAAUGGACCGAGAUGGUGGGAGCUUUUCAUUUUCAAUCCCCGAUUACAUUGGAAUUUCAAUUUACUGCAUUUGUGUAAGUGAAGUAGUUGAUGAAUAGGCUACAGGAUUACUAUUUGCUACCUGAGAUAUUAGAUUAUCAGAUCACCAGUAACUCUUGCAUAUUUUCUUCAGCAUUUUGUAAAUAUCUGCAACAGAGGACCAACUAAUUCUUGUAUAAAUGGUUUUUUUUUUUUUUUU